GUUUGCUUGUCCCUCUCGGUUUCUUUUUCUCCUCUCACGUCCAGUCUGACAGAGAAAAAAAGGUUUGUCGCGUCUCAGCACCGGCAAAAGACGGCAGACAGACAGACAGACAGACAGACAGACCAACAAAAACCACCAUGGCCGACCGCAAAGAAACGUCGCUCCCUGCCAAGCGGGAGUCGGUCGACCAUGUCGACUAUACGGUACGCACCACGAGGGCCGACCGCGAGCUGAUCGAGGCGGCGGUCAGGACGAGCGAGGAGGAAGCCAAGCUGCCGCGCAAGGAGCUGUUCGCGAGGUACCUGCCGGCCGCCACGUACAGCAUGAUCCUGAGCGUGGCGCUGAUCAUGGAGGGCAUGGACGUCGGCAUGGUCAACAACUUUUUCGGGCAGGACGCGUACAGGAAAAGGUUUGGCUGGCCCGACGCCAACGGCGACUACCAGAUCUCGGCGUCGUGGCAGGCCGCCAUUGGCAACGGCAACAACCUGGGCAGCAUCAUCGGUCUGCUGCUGAACGGAUACCUGCAGUCGCGGUUCGGGUCGCGCAGGGUGUACAUGGGAGCCAUGGCGCUGAUGGCCGGCACCAUUUUCAUCUUGUUUUUUGCCACGAGCGUGCAGAUGCUGUUUGUGGGCAACAUUUUCUGCGGCAUUCCCUGGGGUAUUUUCCAAACUCUUGCCACCGCCUACGCCGCCGAGAUCUGCCCUCCCGCCAUGCGUGGCUACCUUACCGCGUGGACGUCCAUGUGCUGGGGCUGCGGGUCCUUCCUGGCCGCCGGCGUGCUCCGAGGGUCGCUGCAGCUGCCCGGCGACUGGGCCUGGAAGAUCCCCUACGCCCUGCAGUGGGUGUGGAUCCCCCCCUUGUUCGUGGCGGCCUUUUUGGCGCCCGAGAACCCCUGGUACCUGGUCCGGCGCGGCAGGUUCGACGAGGCCGAGAGGUCGCUGCACCGGCUCGCGCGCAAGGGCCACUACACGCCGCAGAGCAUGGCCGAGACGCUGGCCCUGAUGAAGCACACCAACGAGAUGGAGAAGCUCGAGGCCGAGGACGCCAGCUACCUGGACUGCUUCCGCGGCACCAACCUGCGCCGCACCGGCAUCAGCUGCAUGGCCUGGAUGAUCCAGAUCCUCAACGGCCAGUCCAUCGCCGCCUUCGCCACCACCUUUCUGCGCACCGCCGGCAUGCAGGAGGUGGCCGCCUUCAACUUUAGCAUGGGCAUCCAGUCCGUCAACAUCGUCGCCACCGGCAUCGCCAUCCUCCUCAUGGGCAACGUCGGCCGCCGCGACUUUUACCUCUACGGCACCUCGGGCAUCGGCCUCGUCAUGCUCAUCAUCGGCAUCCUCGGCGUCCUGCCCGAGGGCUCCGUCAACCAGGGCGUCGGCGUCGGCGUCGCCAUGGUCCUCGUCAACGCCAUCUUCAAGGUCUCGCUGGGCCCCGCCUGCUACGUCAUCGUCUCCGAGAUGUCCGCCACCCGCGUCCGCGCCCAGACCAUGGUCCUCGGCCGUGCCGUCUACGUCGUCGGCCAGAUCGUCGUCAACCAGAUCAACCCGCGCAUGCUCAACAAGGGCACCGACGCCUGGAACUGGGGUGCAAAGACUGGCUGGUUCUACUUUGGCCUGUGCUGCCUCUGGAUUGUUUACAUCUUCUUUUGCCUGCCCGAGACCAAGAACCGCACCUUUGCCGACAUUGACUACCUGUUCCAGAAGAGGGUUCCCGCCCGCAAGUUUGCCACUGCCAACAUUGAUUUGUUUGAAUUCUCUCACGCCGACACCUCUGCCAAGGCGCUCGACGACACAGAGGAUGUUGAACAGACUUCGCCUCGGCAAGUUUCCAAGUCCUGAGGCCGGCCAAAUUACGAAUAGCCUGUUGGACCUGAUGAAAUUGCGAAUGGGACCGGUGUUUUGCGGGGUUUCUUCAAUAGCUGCCUUGUAGUGAAUCGUAAAAUCACAAGCG